CACCACUUUACCUAAGUUAAUCAAGGGACUAACAGCUUAACCUGGGUGUAUGAUAUAACAUUCAGAUAAGUAAUGGAUUGGGUGAGCUAUUUGUCAGCUACCAAGAUGAGCAGAAAAGCACUGUUCUUUAUAGUGUUAAGUUUAGUAUGUCGUAGUGCUAUUGCUCAAACAUCAACAGACACUACAACCACUGAAACUUCAACAACUCCAACAUCAGUAGAUGCUACAACCACUGAAACUGCAACAACUCCAACAUCAGCGGACACUACAACCACUGAAACUCCAACAACUCCAACAUCAGUAGAUGCUACAACCACUGAAACUGCAACAACUCAAACAUCAGCGGACACGACAACCACUGAAACUGCAACAACUCAAACAGCGGAUACUACAACCACUGAAACUGCAACAACUCAAACAUCAGCGGACACUACAACCACUGAAACUGCAACAACUCAAACGGCGGAUACGACAACAACUGAAACUGCAACAACUCAAACAUCAGCAGACACUACAACUACUGAAAGUGCAACAACUCAAACAUCAGCAGACACUACAACUACUGAAACUGCAACAACUCAAACAUCAGCAGACACUACAACCACUGAAACUGCAACAACUCAAACAUCAGCAGACACUACAACUACUGAAAGUGCAACAACUCAAACAUCAGCAGACACUACAACCACUGAAACUGCAACAACUCAAACAUCAGCAGACGCUACAACUACUGAAAGUGCAACAACUCAAACAUCAGAAGACACUACAACCACUGAAAGUGCAACAACUCAAACAUCAGCAGACACUACAACUACUGAAACUGCAACAACUCAAACAUCAGCAGACACUACAACUACUGAAAGUGCAACAACUCAAACAUCAGCAGACACUACAACCACUGAAAGUGCAACAACUCAAACAUCAGCAGACGCUACAACUACUGAAAGUGCAACAACUCAAACAUCAGAAGACACUACAACCACUGAAAGUGCAACAACUCAAACAUCAGCAGACACUACAACUACUGAAUCCGCAACAACUCAAACAUCAGCAGACACUACAACUACUGAAUCCGCAACAACUCAAAAAUCAGCAGACACUACAACUACUGAAAGUGCAACAACUCAAACAUCAGCAGACACCACAACUACUGAAAGUGCAACAACGCAAACAUCAGCAGACACUACAACUACUGAAAGUGCAACAACUCAAACAUCAGAAGACACUGCAACCACGGAAACUGCAACAACUCAAACAUCAGAAGACACUACAACUACUGAAGGUGCAACAACGCAAACAUCAGCAGACACUACAACCACUGAAAGUGCAACAACUCAAACAUCAGAAGACACUGCAACCACGGAAACUGCAACAACUCAAACAUCAGAAGACACUACAACUACUGAAGGUGCAACAACGCAAACAUCAGCAGACACUGCAACCACGGAAACUGCAACAACUCAAACAUCAGAAGACACUACAACCACUGAAAUUGCAACAACUGAAACAUCAGCAGACACUACAACUACUGAAGGUGCAACAACUCAAACAUCAGCAGACACUACAACUACUGAAAGUGCAACAACUCAAACAUCAGCAGACACUACAACCACUGAAAGUGCAACAACUCAAACAUCAGCUGACACUACAACUACUGAAACUGCAACAACUCAAACAUCAGCAGACACUACAACCACUGAAGGUGCAACAACUCAAACAGCAGCAGACACUACAACUACUGAAACUGCAACAACUCAAACAUCAGCGGACACUACAACCACUGAAAGUAAAACAACUCAAACAUCAGCAGACACUACAACUACUGAAUUCGCAACAACUCAAACAUCAGCGGACACUACAACUACUGAAAGUGCAACAACUCAAACAUCAGCAGACACUACAACUACUGAAUCCGCAACAACUCAAACAUCACCGGACACUACAACCACUGAGACUGCAACAACUCAAACAUCAGCAGACACUACAACUACUGAAUUCGCAACAACUCAAACAUCAGCGGACACUACAACUACUGAAAGUGCAACAACUCAAACAUCAGCAGACACUACAACUACUGAAUCCGCAACAACUCAAACAUCACCGGACACUACAACCACUGAGACUGCAACAACUCAAACAUCAGCAGACACUACAACUACUGAAUUCGCAACAACUCAAACAUCAGCGGACACUACAACUACUGAAAGUGCAACAACUCAAACAUCAGCAGACACUACAACUACUGAAUCCGCAACAACUCAAACAUCACCGGACACUACAACCACUGAGACUGCAACAACUCAAACAUCAGCAGACACUACAACUACUGAAUUCGCAACAACUCAAACAUCAGCGGACACUACAACUACUGAAACUGCAACAACUCAAACAUCAGCAGACACUACAACUACUGAAAGUGCAACAACUCAAACAUCAGCAGACACUACAACUACUGAAAGUGCAACAACUCAAACAUCACCGGACACUACAACGACUGAAUCCGCAACAACUCAAACAUCAGCAGACACUACAACUACUGAAAGUGCAACAACUCACACAUCACCGGACACUACAACAACUGAAUCCGCAACAACUCAAACAUCAGCAGACACUACAACUACUGAAAUUGUAACAACUCAAACAUCAGCAGACACUACAACUACUGAAGGUGCAACAACUCAAAUAUCACCGGACACUACAAUCACUGAAUCCGCAACAACUCAAACAUCAGCAGACACUACAACUACUGAAAGUGCAACAACUCAAACAUCAGCGGACACUACAACUACUGAAAGUGCAACAACUCAAACAUCACCAGAAACUACAACGACUGAAUCCGCAACAACUCAAACAUCAGCAGACACUACAACUACUGAAAGUGCAACAACUCAAACAUCAGCAGACACUACAACUACUGAAAUUGUAACAACUCAAACAUCAGCAGACACUACAACUACUGAAGGUGCAACAACUCAAACAUCGGCAGACACUACAACCACUGAAACUGCAACAACUCAAACAUCAGCAGACACUACAACUACUGAAAGUGCAACAACUCAAACAUCAGCAGACACUACAACCACUGAAACUGCAACAACUCAAACAUCAGCAGACACUACAACUACUGAAGGUGCAACAACUCAAACAUCAGCAGACACUACAACUACUGAAAGUGCAACAACUCAAACAUCAGCAGACACUAAAACCACUGAAUCUGCAACAACUCAAACAUCAGCAGACACUACAACUACUGAAACUGCAACAACUCAAACAUCAGCAGACACUACAACUGCUGAAGGUGCAACAACUCAAACAUCAGCAGACACUACAAUCACUGAAUCCACAACAACUCAAAUAUCAGCAGACAUUAAAACUACUGAAAGUGCAACAACUCAAACAUCACCGGACACUACAACUACUGAAUCUGCAACAACUCAAACAUCAGCAGACACUACAACUACUGAAACUGCAACAACUCAAACAUCAGCAGACACUACAACCACUGAAACUGCAACAACUCAAACAUCAGCAGACACUACAACUACUGAAAGUGCAACAACUCAAACAUCAGCGGACACUACAGUCUCUGAAUCCGCAACAACUCAAACAUCAGCAGACACUACAACUCCUGAAAGUGCAACAACUCAAACAUCAGCAGACACUACAACUACUGAAGGUGCAACAACUCAAACAUCAGCAGACACUACUACUACUGAAGGUGCAACAACUCAAACAUCGGCAGACACUACAAACACUGAAACUGCAACAACUCAAACAUCAGCAGACACUACAACUACUGAAAGUGCAACAACUCAAACAUCAGCAGACACUACAACCACUGAAACUGCAACAACUCAAACAUCAGCAGACACUACAACUACUGAAGGUGCAACAACUCAAACAUCAGCAGACACUACAACUACUGAAAGUGCAACAACUCAAACAUCAGCAGACACUACAACUACUGAAAUUGUAACAACUCAAACAUCAGCAGGCACUAAAACUACUGAAGGUGCAACAACUCAAACAUCGGCAGACACUACAACCACUGAAACUGCAACAACUCAAACAUCAGCAGACACUACAACUACUGAAAGUGCAACAACUCAAACAUCAGCAGACACUACAACCACUGAAACUGCAACAACUCAAACAUCAGCAGACACUACAACUACUGAAAGUGCAACAACUCAAACAUCAGCGGACACUACAGUCUCUGAAUCCGCAACAACUCAAAUAUCAGUAGACACUACAACUCCUGAAAGUGCAACAACUCAAACAUCAGCAGACACUACAACCACUGAAAUUGCAUCAACUCAAACAUCACCGGACACUACAACCACUGAAUCUGCAACAACUCAAACAUCAGCAGACACUACAACUCCUGAAAGUGCAACAACUCAAACAUCAGCAGACACUACAACUACUGAAGUUGCAACAACUCAAACAUCAGCAGACACUACAACCAUUGAAACUGCAACAACUCAAACAUCAGCAGACACUACAACUCCUGAAAGUGCAACAACUCAAACAUCAGCAGACACUACAACUACUGAAUCCGCAACAACUCAAACAUCAGCAGACACUACAACUACUGAAUCUGCAACAACUAAAACAUCAGCAGACACUACAACUCCGGAAAUCGCAACAACUCAAACAUCAGCAGACACUACAACUACUGAAAGUGCAACAACUCAAACAUCAGCGGACACUACAACCAUUGAAACUGCAACAACUCAAACAUCAACAGACACUUCAACCACUGAAAAUGCAACAACUCAAACAUCAACAGACACUACAACUACUGAAAGUGCAACAACUCAAACAUCAGCAGACACUACAACUACUGAAACUGCAACAACUCAAACAUCAACAGACACUACAACUACUGAAACUGCAACAACUCAAACAUCAGCAGACACUACAACCAUUGAAACUGCAACAACUCAAACAUCAACAGACACUUCAACCACUGAAACUGCAACAACUCAAACAUCAACAGACACUACAACCACUGAAUCCACAACAACUCAAACAUCAGCAGACACUACAACUACUGAAAGUGCAACAACUCAAACAUCAGCAGACACUACAACUACUGAAAGUGCAACAACUCACACAUCACCGGACACUACAACGACUGAAUCCGCAACAACUCAAACAUCAGCAGACACUACAACUACUGAAAGUGCAACAACUCAAACAUCAGCAGACACUACAACCACUGAAACUGCAACAACUCCAACAUCAGUAGAUGCUACAACCACUGAAACUGCAACAACUCAAACAUCAGUGGAAACUACACCCACUGAAACUACAACAACUCAAACAUCAGCAGACACUACAACCACUGAAACUGCAACAACUCAAACAUCACCGGACACGACAACCACUGAAUCUGCAACAACUCAAACAUCAGCAGACACUACAACUCCUGAAAGUGCAACAACUCAAACAUCAGCAGACACUACAACUACUGAAGUUGCAACAACUCAAACAUCAGCAGACACUACAACCAUUGAAACUGCAACAACUCAAACAUCAGCAGACACUACAACUCCUGAAGUUGCAACAACUCAAACAUCAGCAGACACUACAACCAUUGAAACUGCAACAACUCAAACAUCAGCAGACACUACAACUCCUGAAAGUGCAACAACUCAAACAUCAGCAGACACUACAACUACUGAAUCCGCAACAACUCAAACAUCAGCAGACACUACAACUACUGAAUCUGCAACAACUCAAACAUCAGCAGACACUACAACUACUGAAAGUGCAACAACUCAAACAUCAGCGGACACUACAACCAUUGAAACUGCAACAACUCAAACAUCAACAGACACUUCAACCACUGAAAAUGCAACAACUCAAACAUCAACAGACACUACAACUACUGAAACUGCAACAACUCAAACAUCAGCAGACACUACAACUACUGAAAGUGCAACAACUCAAACAUCAGCAGACACUACAACUACUGAAAGUGCAACAACUCAAACAUCAGCAGACACUACAACUACUGAAACUGCAACAACUCAAACAUCAGCAGACACUACAACCAUUGAAACUGCAACAACUCAAACAUCAACAGACACUUCAACCACUGAAACUGCAACAACUCAAACAUCAACAGACACUACAACCACUGAAUCCACAACAACUCAAACAUCAGCAGACACUACAACUACUGAAACUGCAACAACUCAAACAUCAGCAGACACUACAACUACUGAAAGUGCAACAACUCACACAUCACCGGACACUACAAUGACUGAAUCCGCAACAACUCAAACAUCAGCAGACACUACAACUACUGAAAGUGCAACAACUCAAACAUCAGCAGACACUAAAACCACUGAAUCCGCAACAACUCAAACAUCAGCAGACACUGCAACUACUGAAAGUGCAACAACUCAAACAUCAGCAGACACUACAACCACUGAAACUGCAACAACUCCAACAUCAGUAGAUGCUACAACCACUGAAACUGCAACAACUCAAACAUCAGUGGAAACUACACCCACUGAAACUACAACAACUCAAACAUCAGCAGACACUACAACUACUGAAACUGCAACAACUCAAACAUUAGCGGACACUACAACCACUGAAAGUGCAACAACUCACACAUCACCGGACACUACAACGACUGAAUCCGCAACAACUCAAACAUCAACGGACAUUACAACCACUGAAAGCUCAACAACUCAAACAUCAGCAGACACUACAACUACUGAAAGUGCAACAACUCAAACAUCAACGGACAUUACAACUACUGAAAUUUCAACAACUCAAACAUCAGCAGACACUAUAACCACUGAAUCUGCAACAACUCAAACAUCAGCGGACACUACAACCACUGAAUCUGCAACAACUCAAACAUCAGCGGACACUACAACUACUGAAACCUCAACAACUCAAACAUCAACGGACACUACAACUACUGAAAUUUCAACAACUCAAACAUCAGCAGACACUAUAACCACUGAAUCUGCAACAACUCAAACAUCAGCGGACACUACAACCACUGAAUCUGCAACAACUCAAACAUCAGCAGACACUACAACUACUGAAAUUUCAACAACUCAAACAUCAGCAGACACUAUAACCACUGAAUCUGCAACAACUCAAACAUCAGCGGACACUACAACCACUGAAUCUGCAACAACUCAAACAUCAGCGGACACUACAACACCUGAACCUGCAACAACUCAAACAUCAACAGGCAUUACAACUACUGAACCUGCAACAACUCAAACAUCAGCAGACACUAUAACCACUGAAUCUGCAACAACUCAAAUAUCAGCGGACACUACAACCACUGAUUCUGCAACAACUCAAACAUCAGCGGACACUACAACCACUGAAUCUGCAACAACUCAAACAUCAGCGGACACUACAACCACUGAAUCUGCAACAACUCAAACAUCAGCGGACACUACAACACCUGAACCUGCAACAACUCAAACAUCAACAGGCAUUACAACUACUGAACCUGCAACAACUCAAACAUCAGCAGACACUACAACCACUGAAUCUGCAACAACUCAAACAUCAGCGGACACUACAACCACUGAAUCUGCAACAACUCAAACAUCAGCGGACACUACAACACCUGAACCUGCAACAACUCAAACAUCAACAGACACUACAACCACUGAAUCUGCAACAACUCAAACAUCAGCGGACACUACAACCACUGAAUCUGCAACAACUCAAACAUCAGCGGACACUACAACUACUGAAACCUCAACAACUCAAACAUCAACGGACAUUACAACUACUGAAAUUUCAACAACUCAAACAUCAGCAGACACUAUAACCACUGAAUCUGCAACAACUCAAACAUCAGCGGACACUACAACCACUGAAUCUGCAACAACUCAAACAUCAGCGGACACUACAACACCUGAACCUGCAACAACACAAACAUCAACAGGCAUUACAACUACUGAACCUGCAACAACUCAAACAUCAGCAGACACUACAACCACUGAUUCUGCAACAACUCAAACAUCAGCGGACACUACAACCACUGAAUCUGCAACAACUCAAACAUCAGCGGACACUACAACACCUGAACCUGCAACAACUCAAACAUCAACAGGCAUUACAACUACUGAACCUGCAACAACUCAAACAUCAACGGACACUACAACUACAGACACUACAGAUACAACUACCCCUUUUACAGCAACAACAACAACACAGCUUACAUCUACAACUGAAACAACGGUCACAACUCCUAUAACAUCUACAACAGAAAAUACAGCUACAACUUCUUCCCCUCUUACAGCAACCACAACACAACUUACAUCUACAGCUGAACCAACAACCACAACUCCACUAACAUCUACAACAGAAAAUACAGCUACAACUUCUUCCCCUCUUACAGCAACAGCAACACAACUUACAUCUACAGCUGAACCAACAACCACAACUCCACUAACAUCUACAACAGAAAAUACAGCUACAACUUCUUCCCCUCUUACAGCAACGACAACACAGCUUACAUCUACAACUGAAACAACAACCACAACUCCACUAACAUCUACAACAGAAAAUACAGCUACAACUUCUUCCCCUCUUACAGCAACGACAACACAACUUACAUCUACAAUUGAACCAACAACUUCAUUAAUAUCUACAACAGAACAUACAGCUACAACUUCUUCCCCUCUUACAGCAACAACAACACAACUUACAUCUACAGCUGAACCAACAACCACAACUCCACUAACAUCUACAACAGAAAAUACAGCUACAACUUCUUCCCCUCUUACAGCAACGACAACACAACUUACAUCUACAGCUGAACCAACAACCACAACUCCACUAACAUCUACAACAGAAAAUACAGCUACAACUUCUUCCCCUCUUACAGCAACGACAACACAACUUACAUCUACAAUUGAACCAACAUCUACAACAGAACAUACAGCUACAACUUCUUCCCCUUAUACAGCAACAGCAACACAACUUACAUCUACAACUGAAACAACAACCACAACUCCAUUAACAUCUACAACACAAAAUACAUCUACUACUUCCUCCCCUCUUACAGCAACGACAACACAACUUACAUCUACAAUUGAACCAACAACUCCACUAACAUCUACAACAGAAAAUACAGCUACAACUUCUUCCCCUCUUACAGCAACGACAACACAACUUACAUCUACAAUUGAACCAACAACUUCAUUAAUAUCUACAACAGAACAUACAGCUACAACUUCUUCCCCUCUUACAGCAACAACAACACAACUUACAUCUACAGCUGAACCAACAACCACAACUCCACUAACAUCUACAACAGAAAAUACAGCUACAACUUCUUCCCCUCUUACAGCAACGACAACACAACUUACAUCUACAGCUGAACCAACAACCACAACUCCACUAACAUCUACAACAGAAAAUACAGCUACAACUUCUUCCCCUCUUACAGCAACGACAACACAACUUACAUCUACAAUUGAACCAACAUCUACAACAGAACAUACAGCUACAACUUCUUCCCCUUAUACAGCAACAGCAACACAACUUACAUCUACAACUGAAACAACAACCACAACUCCAUUAACAUCUACAACACAAAAUACAUCUACUACUUCCUCCCCUCUUACAGCAACGACAACACAACUUACAUCUACAAUUGAACCAACAACUCCAUUAACAUCUACAACAGAACAUACAGCUACAACUUCUUCCCCUCUUACUACAACAACACAACUUACAUCUACAAUUGAACCAACAUCUACAACAGAACAUACAGCUACAACUUCUUCCCCUUAUACAGCAACAGCAACACAACUUACAUCUACAACUGAAACAACAACCACAACUCCAUUAACAUCUACAACACAAAAUACAUCUACUACUUCCUCCCCUCUUACAGCAACGACAACACAACUUACAUCUACAAUUGAACCAACAACUCCAUUAACAUCUACAACAGAACAUACAGCUACAACUUCUUCCCCUCUUACUACAACAACACAACUUACAUCUACAACUGAACCAAUGACCACAACUCUUAUAAACUCUGCAGUUCUUGUUAGCUUUUCCAGCAAUGAAAUAUUUAUAGAUGAACUGUCAAAUUCAUCCUCAGAAGCAUUUAAAAACAGAAAAGACAAAGUCAUAAAUGAGAUUGGACAAAUCUUUAAAACGACAUUCAGUGACUCCUUCGUUAACUUGACUGUUAUUGCUUUCCGUUCUGGAUCAAUCAUCACUGAUAUGGAAGCAACAUUUAGAAACGUACCCCAAUCUGAUCAGAUAUCCGAAAGUAUUUUAAAUGCCAGCACCACUCUUAACAUCACCAGUGUAAACGUAACAAUCAGUCCUACUACAACUACAACCACAACCAGUCCUACUACAACUACAACCACACCCGGUCCUACUACAACUACAACCACGCCUGGUCCUACUACAACUACAACCACACCCGGUCCUACUACAACUACAACCACACCCGGUCCUACUACAACUACAACCACGCCCAGUCCUACUACAACUACAAACACACCCGGUCCUACUACAACUACAACCAGUCCUACUACAACUACAACCACGCCCGGUCCUACUACAACCACACCCGGUCCUACUACAACUACAACCACAACCAGUCCUACUACAACUACAACCACACCCAGUCCUACUACAACUACCACAACCAAUCCUAUUAUAACCACAACCACAGCCAGUCCUACUACAACAACCACAAUCAGUCCUACUACAACUACCACAAUCAGUCCUACUACAACAACCACCACAACCAGUCCUACUACAACAACCACAAUCAGUCCUACUACAACUACCACAACCAGUCCUACUACAACCACAACAACAACCAGUCCUACUACAACCACAACCAGUCCUACUACAACUACAACCACAACCAGUCCUACUACAACUACAACCAAACCAACCACAACUACAACUACAACCAAACCAACCACAACUACAACUACAACCAAACCAACCACCACACAAACAACAACAACGCCCACAACCACAACUACGACCACGACCACGACCACAACCACAGUACCAGCACGUCCUCAGCCAACAGUAGCCUUACAGGUUGUCAUUAUAGUGGUAUUUGUUCCAGCGCUUCAAGACCAACAAAGUCCAGAAUUUAAGAACCUAGCCACAAAGGUAGAGGGUGAGUUUGAUGUAGUCUACAAAACAAAGUAUGGGGAUCGUUUCAUCAGGACCAUCGUGCUUGCAUUCAUAGCUGUUGCCAAAACCCGGGCAGAACAAAAUGUACAGGCAGAUGUCAAGUUGGUGUUUAGUGAAACGUCAACUGAACCCAUCCCCAGCAGCACUGCCAUUGUGGAGACUCUGAAAGAAGCAGUUGCAGCUCCAAACUCAACCUUCAACCUUACUGUUGAUACCAACACUAUUAUUGUCGUUAAAUCACCGCAGACAAUUCCAGUGACAAUCCUGACUGAUGGAACCUUUGUGGCUGCUCUUUCAAAUAAAAGUUCACCUGAAUUUCAGAACAGGGCAGCAUUGAUAAAAACAGGGCUUGAACCUUUUUUCUUUGCUGAUUACCUUGGAUUAUUCAGUACCUUAACCAUAACAAGCUUCAGUGGUGCCAGUGUAACAACAAAGAGUAUUCCCACGAUCCGAAACUCCAUGGAUCUUACAUUUACAGCGGAGGCCGUUCUACCCAAUAGCACCCAGAUAGUGAACACUAUAGUUCGAGCAGCCAAAAACAACUCGUUAUCCUUCCAGAUCUUCACAUCUGAAAUUGUGAUAAAUGGUACAGCAUUUUCAUCAGCUGAAGUCAGCAGCAAGAUCAGUGUGUUGACCGCUUUAGUCCUGGUUGCUGUGUCACUUCUGGUCCCAUGGUUUGAUUGACCAUAACUACACAUCCCAACAUUACUGAUUCAGACAGGUCUGAAUGUCUCCUUUCACAUCUGCUCAAGUGAAGGACUCAUACAUAAAGCUACCGAUGCUACUUAAUGAGUAGUAAUGAACGUACUGUUUUACAUAACCCUAUUCUGAAAACUUCAAACUUGAGCUAUAAUGUAUUCCAUUUCAGUUCUGGAUCUGUAUGUUCCUACAUGUUUUUAUAGAUUUAGGUCAGAACCCAGCAUUGUGCACUUUUAUAAACAUUAUCACUGAUACUUCAGAAAUGGGAUAAUACAAGUUUCACAAUUACCUGCGAUUAUUUUUUAAGCAACACUUUUAACAUUUUUUUUUUUUUUUUUUUUGAUGUGAUCAUUCAAAUGUUUAAUGGACCAUUUCAUUUAAUUCUCAGUUUAAUCAAAUUGAUUGACCAUUAAAUCAGCCAUCCAUUUAGAUGAAAAUACUCUACAUAUUAAAAUUGAAGGAGGACAGAAACAUAACUACUAUGCAUUUUUAAAAUAAACAUGACUAUGUACUGACAGAGGGGAAAAAAAGGUUCAUUUAAAAAUGAUAUAUCUCUUUAUAAGGUUUCACACCCAGACAUUGAUCUCAUGUACACAUACUUGCAGCUCUUCUGAAAGCAAACAUAAGCCAUGUAAUGGAAAAACUGGGUCUCUUUUAUGCUGGCUGACUUUGAAGAGUCUGGAACGGGUUUUGAUGAGCAAAAGGAUGAAGUAUUUCAAUAAUUAUGAAACCUGUAAAACAACUUGGAAGAAUGAUAAAUAUCUACAGGAUGUGACAUCAGAAACGUCUGGUGGAAAAACACGGAUAAGAUGGUCUGAUAAUAUUACAUUACACAUAACACGGAAACCUGUACAAAACAAUAUUUUGCAGCACUUGUUAUUCCCCAUCUUCUAUGCACCCUUCUUAGUUCGUUAGCAGCAUAAUAUUUAACAGGCAUGUUUCAUGCAAAAUUAUGUGUAUCAUAUCAGUAUUUUCUAAAUUAUUUAUUCUAGAAAAAAAUAUCUAUCCAAUAUUUCUGAUGUUAAUUUAAUGCAAAAACAAAGGUCUUUUCUGUGAAUUCAUGAGAAAUGUAUUGAUUGUUAUAUUGUUCACACUGGAUGUGGUAAUUAUUUUUCUAUAACAGUUAUGUAUGUAGUAAUAUUUAUCACUAUUCUUAGGACAUGCUAAAUAAACUGUGGUGACACAACUAUGAUUAUGAUGGUGAUAAAUAAUAAUAAUAAAAAAGAUUAUUCUCA